GGUUCGCACGGCAAUAUCGCCAAUAUCGCCAAUAUCGUUGAAGCGUUUCAACAUUUACCACUUUGUCGUUGUGAACGGGCUCAGACCUUUUUUAGUAGUGCCGCGUUUUUUUUUUUUGUUUCUUCUUAGUUCUUGUCCUCCGUUUUCGCGCGACUCCGUUCCUGGUUAUUAGUUGUUCGUCCCGCGCUUGCCACGUUUUCCCGAAGUCGGAAAACGAUCGCUGCGAUCUCAAUCCACAUUAUUUCGACAGACUCGUGACACGAGAAUCCACGAUGGUGAUGACGGAUGCAACGCACAAGACAUUAUCUGAUGGAAUAGAACGCUGGAAAACCAAAAACUUUUAUUUGAGUAUGGUAAAGUACAUUAUUUGUAAUGUACUAAGAAUUUUGUUGUAUAUUGCCGCAUAUGUUAUGCGCAAGUGCAGUUCAUUGUUUGAAAAUUUAUCUGAUGAUCUUAAAGCAAUUGAAAAUGCAGAAAAUUCAGCUGAAAAAACUAUUAAAAAUAGGUGCGAUGCUUAUUGUUUAUCUAAAAGAGAAGAACUAAAAGAAGAAAAACAAAUUAUUAACAAUACUGUUAAUGAAGUAAUAGACAAACAGUCCAAUUCUCAUACCAACCGCAUUAAUAAACAUGAAGAACUAAAAGAAAAAGAAAAAAAUAUUAACAAUACUGUUAAUAAAUUAAUAGACAAACAGUCCAAUUUUCAUACCAACCACAUCAAUAAACAUGAAGAACUAAACAAAGAAAAAAAAAUUAUUAACAAUACUGUCAAUGAAUUAACAGACAAACAGUCCAAUUCUUAUACCAAUCACAUCAAUAAAAAUGAACAAAAAGAAGCAAAUAAUAUUGGUAAUGUUGUGAAUGAAUUAAUAGACAAUGCGAUUAUAGAGAAUAAUGGUCAAUCUGUUUUUGAACAUAAUAUAGUUACAGAACAAAAAUUUUUAAAUGGAGUUGCUAAUAUUGUAAAUAGUACAUUAAACAAAGAGUCUGAUUCUCAAAUUUCUGAAGAAUCAAGAGAACAUUCUAAUUUUGAAGAAAUAGAAGAGAAAGUUGAAGAAAAAAAUAUUACUGGCAAUGUGAUUGAAUCUGCAAGAGUUAGAAAAAGAUUUGGUAUUAAAAAUACUGCAAUACUUUUAAUAACUAAAACAAUUAAGGAAAACAAUUUAAAAGACAAACGAUUUAAGAUGGAAAAUGAAUUGAAUAGAAACAAAAUGUUAAAUAAUGGAAAACCUUAUCGCGACAAAGAUGAAAUCCUUACAAGUAAAUCUGAUAGUUUUAAAAGAGAAAGAGAAUCAUCAUUAAAAAAUGAACCUGAGAAUACUGAUUGUUUUUUGAAAGUAGCUAACGAUAGCUGUAUUAAAGACACCACUAUUGUUAGUCCAUCAAAAUACAAAUUUGAUAGCAAAAACCUUGAUGUCCGUAAAAAUAAAGAAUCAAUGAAAAAUGAAAGGAAAAUGAAUGGAAAUGAAAACUGGGUCAUGAAAAAUAAUGUUGACCACUGGGUAAAUGAUGUUGGUAAUGAAAGUAAAAAACCGAUUACAAAAAUUGAAAAUGUGUCUGUAGAAAAUAAUGAUGAACAUAUGAAAAACAUUAAUAGUGAUGAAAAUAAAAUACUGAUUACAAAUACUGAAAAUGUGAUUACAAAAGUUAAUGAUGUUCACUGGAAAAAUGUUGAUGAUAAUGAUUAUAGUAAACCAAAUACAGUGACCGAAAAUAUGAACACAACAAUUAAUGAUGAAUACUGGAAUAAUUAUAAUGUAUGUAAAAACAGAGAAUCAAUAACAAAGACUGAAAAUGUGAUCAUAAAGAGUAAAGAUGAAUCCCUAAGUAAUAAUAAAGGUUGUGAAAACAGAAAAUCAAUAAAAAAGACUGAAAAUAUGACCAUUAAAAAGAACAGUGAACCCAAGGAAAAUAACAAUAGUUAUGAACAUAAAAAAUCUAUUACAAAGAUUGAAAAGAUGUUAAAUAUGUUUGAAGUGAAGGAUGAUAUCUUUGGUUUGCCUUCUAAAUUUUCUUUAGCACAUUGUGUUUGUGAAGAUUUUCAUAAUUCUUUUGGCAUGACAGCUGAUUUUAAAUUUAAAUUUGGUAAUAUUGGUAAAUUAAUGGAUCUAAAUUUACGUGUGAGCGAUGUUGGUCAUAUUGUUCAUAAAGAGCAACAUAUAUUUUAUUUGGUCGUAAAAAGAAAAAUGUCACAAAAACCUCUUUUAAGUAGCUUAGAAAUAGCGUUAUAUAAUUUACGUAAGCAAAUGAAUGAUUGUAAAUUAACAAAACUUGCAAUCUCAAAAUAUGGAUUUGAAGAAUUCAAUAAGAUGGAUGUGAAGGCACUAAUUUCAAAAAUAUUUGCAUUAUCUAAUAUUGAAAUCACUAUAUGCCUGAAAUCAUCAAAAUUAGAAAUAGAACAUAUUAAUCCACCAAAAAUAAAUUUUACUUCUAAACAAUUGUGGGAAAUGGAGAAACAAACUGAUUUAAUAAUAUUUAUAAAUAUUAAUGCAGUGUAUUUAGAUAAUUGGAAUGACAAAGUUGUUGAACAUAUCAAUGCCAAAUAUCCAUUUAAAGAGAGAUUAUUACAAGAUAUUAAUGUUAAACCAGUGGCUGCUGGUGAUGUACUAUUAUAUAAAAUUGAUACUGAAGUAUUGUUUUGUAUAUUCAUUCAAUCUAUCGAUCAACAUCCAUCAUAUUGUAAAUCUCUCGAAGACGCUUUUCAAAAGAUGAAAUCACAAUUAACUGGUUAUAGAUAUUUGGCAAUUCAACAAGAUCCGUUAAAUCAUAAGACUAACAUACAUAACUUUGCACGCAAUUUGGCUAUGCUAAAAUCAGUUUUUAGUAAUCGGAAUGCUGAAAUUUGGAUUUGUGGUGAUACUGAACAACAUAAUACUCUUCAAUAUCAACAAUAUAAAAAAACUGUUACUGACACCAUUGAUGUGAGCCAUAAACGACAUUCAAAAACAAGUUCUAGAUCUAAAAAUAAAUUAGAUAGAAAGAGACAUAGUAUAAAUAGUAAUAAUAGUAAUACCAGUAAGCAUGAUUCAGAAGAAAACCAUUACUGUAAAAACACACCGGAUGUAAACGCUGUUAAAUAUUUAAACCAAGAAGAAAUAUCUAUUAAUAAUUACAUAACAGAAAAUUGGGACAACUGAUAAUUUUACAUUUAUUAUUUUAUAGUCUUC